AUGAUUAUUGUUGACAAUGUGGUGGUAAGUGAAAAAAAAUUAAACAAUUAAACAAACAGGCCUGUCUGCCUGUAAACAAAAAAAAUACAUCCGAUUACAAGCCACCCCUGCCCCCCAGACACGUGAAAUGUAUUGAAAUGUAUUCAAAUGAAUUUGAUUUAUUAUUACGUUUUGUCUUUGUAACUUUUAACCAGUAAAUGCAAAACAUAUUUCCACAAGCACCCCUAUAGUGGCCUCGCAUUCCAGUUAUAAGCCCCUGGGAUAUAAGCCCCUGGGAUAUAAGCCCCUCCAUUUAGAAACGCUCCUAAAACCUCUUACUAAGCAACCCAAGGCUUAUAAACGGCAGUUUAAGGAAUUCUGGUUACAAAAAAAAUCCAGUACUGAUGCAUCCAGGAUUGCGAACAGCUUUGAAAUUUAUAAAAAUCAUCUGCAAUAAUUACAAAAAUUCACAAGGCCAACAGUAAUAAAAUGGAGGGACAAAAGCAAAUGAGUUGAUGAAAGCUGUCAAUGAAAACUGAAUCAAUCAGUUAACAUGUUCCAUUGAGGAGUUUUAAGUGGAGAGAAAGCAAUUUUGUUCUUGUACACCAGCAUACACAGCCACCAUGACAUCACCUGAAAACCAGUGAUAAGGGACUUGUCAGAAAUUAGCAGGGGGGGAGGGGGGGUGGAAACAGAGGGAGGGUCACAACUUUUUGAGACUCAGAAAAGGGAGGGGUCAUAAAAAAUGGGCCGUUAAAAGGGGGAGGGUCAUGCAAAUAUAUGCCCGUGAUCAUGUAGAGGUUCACCCACAGAAGAAAAAGGAAGUUCUUUAUCUGUUAAAAGAAAAAAAAAGAACAAAAAAAAAGAACAACGGAACAUUAUGGAUAUUAACUAUGACGUAGUAUUGCAAGAAUUUAACAAACAUCUACUUUUCAUUUAUAACAAUGCUAUAGAGUCUUAUUGCAAUUAUGAAUAAUGUUGUUAAUGUUACUAGAGUUUUGGCUUUCCUUUUCAUCACUGUCUUCAGCAUCACCAUUAGUGCUGCUGUGAGCAUUUUGAUCAUCAUCAUUUAUGUCAUCAGCAUUUUAUUUAUUUUAUUGGCUUCGCAUUGAUACAAUCACUUUCAUCACUAUCAUGAUUUUCAUUUAAGUUGAAGCGUAGAUAUUGCAUGAUAAUUUCCUGUGAUUCAUUGAUAAACAAUCCCUUCUCAAAGGCAUAUUGGAUAUAUGGCCUUUGUGCUUUGAGGCAGAGCCCACUUAUUAAUUCAUAAUGAAGAGAUUAUGAGCCAAUAGGCUCUGUAUUCAACAUCAUGCGACUCCGCUGAGAUGCAAUGGUUUCAAUAACUCUUUUGCAGUUAGCUUCCAAUCUUUUUGCCCUAGCUUUUUUUUUUUUUUGCUUUCCUUUUAUUUUGUUUUUGUUUCCUUCCUCUUUUUUCUUGUUGGCUUGGAAUACUACACCCUAAAGAGCCUGGAACAUUUUUCUUUCAAUUCUGUAAGGUGGGGAGGGUCAUGAUAUUUUAGGCCAAGCUCAAGGGGAGGGUUAGCAAAUUUCACUCCCAUUGCAGGGAUGGGUCACCUAAUUUCCGGACCCAAAUUUAAAAUUCCCACCUCCCCUCCCCCCCUGCUAAUUUCUGACAAGUCCCUAAUGGCAAAAAUGCAUGUACCUGGCCACCUGUUACUAUGUCAUAACAUUAAGCGAGAAUGUUACUUUUGACUGUUAAUCAGCAAUUUUCAUAAAAUGUUUUUUUUUUUUUUGUCAGCAUGUUGUUUAACCCAAUAACGGUAAAUGAGGACGAAAAGAUACAAUUUCAAAGAUAUAAAUACAAAUAAAUAUUGCUUUUUAACAUUAGCGAUAUUGCUGCCGAGAAUGUACAUUAUACGCGCAUACCGAAAUUACUUACGUUUAUUGCGCUGAGCAUCUUUCUCUCCUCCGGCUUUGAAAGAAGACAGUAAACACCCUGUAUGCAGCAAAGGUCACAGUGGGUGCCGUUUCGAGCUAUCACAUGUUGAAAUCUGCCAGGCGCUAGCCGGGGAGACUGGGACAAAGUAUGAGGAACUCGUACCCAGCUUCUUGCUGGGGUUCCUGCAAAAUUAUGUCUCGCCUGACUGGUGUGAUCCAAGCCGUUAUCAAAAAUCGUUAAAUUUGUAAACUUUGCAAUUUGCGAUGAAUUUGUAGAAUCGGCAGCACGGCUUUGCUCACCUUUUCAAGGGGAGAAAAAUUUUGCAAGAUUCACAGAAGUCUUUAUGAAAUAUCGUUAAUUGUGUUAAUUUUGUCCCCUGCGUUCAAACCUGGACAAAAGUUCUUUUAUCACUUUUAGUACAAGAAGUACCAGCGAAGUAUUGCGGAGGUAAAACGAAGAGUUUUUACCCUUGUAAACGCGGUAGAUGUGGUAGGUUAAGCAUAAUUCAAUAACUCUUUAAAACUGAAUUGUAUGAAUACAUCUGUGAACUGAAGAAAUCAGUGUUUCACGAAUGCAUUUAAAUCUGAUAGUAUGGCUUAGAAUCAUAGUAUCAAUGUGUCAACCCCUGCAAUCUCUCGUAACAGGGUCGAGAUUAUAUAUUAAAGCCUGAGAUUUGUAACUCAAGUUUGUAAGUGAUAGGUUAUAAUCGAGGCCUCAUCAAAACGAGGCUGCGAAUAACAGGAAACGUCAUCAUUGAUAAAGGGAUCCGGUCGGGUUCCGAAAGCUAAACUUUCAGCAAAUUGUUGGCGUUGAAGAAUAUUUUUUUAUAAUUUGUUUUUGUUGUUUUUUGUUUGUUUAUUUCUCUUUUUUUCUUUUGUUUUUGUUUUUUUGUUUUUACUGCUCGCCAUCUUUAGAUAUACCGCAAGAUAAACAUCCGAGUGGUUUUAUCGGCUUUGGAGAUAUGGACGGACAAAGAUCACGUACCAUUUGUGAAGCAAGCAGGCGAAGAUUUGAGGAACUUCAAAAAUCACCGUUCAAGCAAUCUUGCUGGCAUCAAAUACGACAGUAUCCAUUUACUAAGGUCAGAAAAAUAGUUUAAAUUCAUGAGGGAAAGACUGAUACUUACAUCUAAAUCACGGCGACGCUUUUCUCAAAAAAAAUAAAUAAAUAAAUAAACAAAAAUAAAAAACGUUACUGGAUCGGAAUUGCUUGGUCAAGUUUGUUCCGCUAGGCAGGCUAUGUUCGCCCCAUGUAAGGGAAUCCAGAUUCCGGAAUCUGGAAAUAUUUGCAUGUGGUUUCCGGAAUCCUGGGCUUUGGAAUCCGGAAUACAGCUCAAGGAAUCCGGAAACUUACUAAGGAUUGGAAUCCAGAAUCCAAGUUCCGCUGACAAAGAUUGGAAUCAAGUACCUGGAACUCGCGGGAAUCCACGGCGUGCAAUCCAGAAUCCAAGACUAUCUUAGAUUCCUUUACAUGGGGCGACCAUGUUCGCAACCAUGUGCCGACACGAAAAGAUAUCCGGCGUAGUAUGAACACCUAUCCGAUACAGUGCAGGGCGGUCAACCCCCCACGUCUUCAAAUAUUGAGAAUUUAUGCAAUAGGGAUGAUAAAUGACGUCAUAAUGCAAAUGGCACAUGACGUCAUUUGUGGGGAAAAAACGCGGGAAAAAGAUGUUGUUGGAAUUGUAACAUUUGACCAAAUUAGCUUACUUCCCACCAAUCACAUUAUUGCUUAUAUUACAAUGGCAUACCAGAGUUAGUGAGGAAACGUUCGUUGUUAACAGUAAAAUAGCUCAACAACGCAAUUUUGAAAUUUUCAUUUUCAGAGAGUCUAUUCUACAAGAAAUUGCAAACUUCGGCAAUUAUCCGAGAGAUUCCAGACUCUAAUCUGGAAACCGAGACAAACGGUUCAAAAUCUGGAGUCUCCCGGAUUAUCCGGGAGAGUUGACAGCCCUGGUAGCGUGACUCUCCACUUGAGAGGUCGGUGCGUCGCAGAUUCGCUCCGUUACAGAAAUCGCGCCGAAAUAACCGUUCUUGUGUGUGAACAGUAGCCCUAUAUCCGGUAUGAUUUUCGUUCCGGCACAAAAGCUAUCCAGUAAAGUUUGAACAUAGCUCGCAUCUCACAUCUCUCAAUAUAACUUGGUGAUUCUCAUCUCAGGGGUAAAAUGUGGGACGAUUUUGGAGGGAUGGCGUAUAGAGGAGAAAUAUGUACUAGAAGAUCCCUCGGUGUUGACGCGGUAAGUCAAGAAUUGUUCCGAAACUUCCUUAAUUUGUGUGAAGUAUACAAUACAGGCUUUUUGCUGGGGUUGCGCAAAUAUUGCACACAUAUACUGUACCUACACAAUUCUGUCUCCUUGAGCAAGUCUUUUUGACGAUCGAAAAUAGAUUUGUCUAGUUUUCGAGACAGGCUUGGGCUGUAUUCAUAGACUUUAAUAUUCUAGCUAGCGCUGUGGCUCCUACAUAAUAACCUUUCUCGGCGUAAUAACGUUCUCGUCUUUGUUCAAGUUUUAAUUAACGUCUUUUCUGUUUUUGGUUGCCAGUGGAACUACUGGGGAUCACUUGGUCCUUGGCUGGCUCUUUCUCACGAACUAGGACAUAACUUAAACUUCGACCACGACAAUAGUAUGUAUAGUCAUUUUAAAGCUGUUUUACCAUUCAGUUGUUCAGGACGAUUUAGUUGAAAAAAUGUCUGAUAUGCGAUACGACUAUCAUUAUCACGACUUCAUCAUUAUUCAUAGUCGUAGUCAUCUUCAUCAUCAUCAUCAUCAUCAUCAUCAUCAUCAUCAUCGUAAUCAUCAUCAUCAUCAAAAUCAUUUAUUUCUCUUAGUCGCAAGAGAAACUGGGGAAAAUUGAAGUUGGUCACUGUCGGGACUUUAAUUUAUGGCUAGCACAAAAAAAUGUAUAUAUAUGUUUACAAUAAGUACUUGAAUAACAAGGGUAGAAUAUAUCUUCUAGAAGGAAAGGAUAACACCCAUGCCAUAAGGUUGUUUAGCUGUUAUCGUGUCUGACGCAUUGGCAGCGUCUCGAAACGUUUUUUCUUUGGCUCUAUUUGCUAAAACCUUGCAUAACUUAUAUCUUACUUUCGUAUUUUGGCCACUAGAAUGACUCAUGGAAUUAAAAGAAAUAGCAUGAAGUCUUGUGAAACUCUACAUUCCUACUGAAUAGCUGUUACUCCCUCUAUAAUUACAGUUUGGCCGAGUUGCAAGUGUCUAUCUCCUCGUGGUUGUGUCAUGGGAAGUUUCAAGUGAGUGUCGCCGUUCUUACAUUAGUGCGAACAUUUUUCUAGCUUCUAUCUGUAAUGCUGCUUAAGGGUUAGGUCAACGUACUCUUGUAUGCAGAGUACGGUUCAGUACGGAAGUCUUUGACUCCCCUUAGUGGAGUAAGGAGCGGUUAUGCACAUCUGGCGGUUUUGUUUGCCGAGCGCGAAAUGACCAGCUAUCUGGGAAAUGUUUGCUUGUGAAAACUAAAAUCCUGGGUUUUGGAAUCUGGAAUUCAGUCCAAGGGAUCCGGACUCUCGCGAACAGCCACAAUCCGGAAUCUGCUGACAAGGAAUGCGGAAUCCACUGUGUGGAAUCGAGAAUACAAGACUGUCCACGAUCAUCUUAUGGGGCGACUUCGGGCUUGCUGAUCAGUUAUGACAGAACGUUCUAGACCGUAUUAAGAGAUUUUCAUGGAGACUAAUAUAUUUUUCUUUAUCUUACAAAGGACUCGUGUCCCUGGGUUCUCGGACUGUAACUUACAGAACAUGUCUUCCAUUGAUGACAGUUGUCUUUACAACCUGCCUAAGAAGGUAAAACAUCGAGCGCAAGUUCCGAGUAUAAAAACUCGUGUGUAGCUCUUUCCUACGUUGCAAGUGAUGAUCGUGAUCCAGUACUAUGCACUUCGAAAACGAGGACAUCUGAGUAGGCGAUUAGGGUAUCAAUGAAAAUUAAGGUGAUGCUCUUCCUUCGAUUUUCAUUUUUAAUAGCUCCGAUCUGCAUACGUGCUAGUGGACGAAGGACUUGUAAGGCCAGCAAAAUUUUAUGACUCUUGUCAUACCCUGUGUGAUCACAGUUCGGUAAAAAUAGUCAGUUGGUGCAAUCUGCGCAGUUUCUAAACCGAGGUCCUUACGAUAUGUUGAAAAUAGAAAAGAAUGAGUAAAAAAGAUCUCAAAAAAAUAGCCUAUUUAAACAAGUCACGACCCGUUUUUCUCUGAGGGUUUUAAGUGAACCGGAUCAGACGAAUUUCAAUCAAGCGGAAGUACCCUUGUAGAAGUUUCGUAGUUAAAUAACACUUUCUUGCUAAGCAUGGAGGAUCGGACUACUAAUAGGUCCAGCCCUUUACUUAAGGGCAUAAGCACCUGAGUUUGUUAAUAUUUUUAGGUAGUAAAUCCGCGAUGCGGAAAUGGCAUUCUGGAGCUUGGAGAAGAGUGCGACUGCGGUACAACAGAGGUAUAUUUAAAUAUUUGUUAAAAGCACUGCACACCUGUAAUAUUUUUGCUGUAUUUAAUCUCCUAGAGUUGCCAAAAGUCCACUGAGUGAUCUUAUGCGUGAGCGCCGAACGAAGGUGCGAGGGACCCGACGUCUUAAGUCUUAAGCCGAUGUUAACUGACAAUAGUUGGGGUGCCCGGAUUUUGUGACCCGCCUAAAAAUUCCCCCAAUGAUCACAAUCCAUAUUCCUGGACCUUGGGGUUUAUAUUUUUUACGGUUUAUUGAAAAGUUUUCUUCAAUGGAAAUUAUAGGAGGUGAAAUAAGCGUAACAACAAAAGAAAUGAAUACGAGAAUUUCUGACUAAAAUAAGCCUGUUUCAACUCGAUUGGCUUAAUAAUCCCACGAUCACUGACAUAGAGUUGUUUAAUUGCAGGAUUGCAAGGUGCGAGAUCCCUGUUGUGAGCCAAACGACUGUCGCCUAAAGAAGUCCUCCCAGUGCAGUGACUCUAUGAGUACAUGCUGUCAGAAAUGUCAAGUACGAGAAAAUUUUACUUCAGUAUACAGCUACUUUAAUUCACUAGAACAAAUAGCUGCAUUGCUCUGUAGGGAAAAGUUAGUGGCAAACGAAAAACGGGACGCCUGAGAGGGAAUUAUGCGGACAUUGCGAAAGGUUGUAAAUUCAGCCCACUUUAGAGUGACAGUUUGUUUCAAGCAGAGUACACUAAUCAAGAGCAACAGGGCUCAAGAUAUCACCUUUACUAAUUAAGAAAGAGUUGAUUGAUUUAAGUUCAUAUCAUAUCAAUUUUUGUGAUGAUGAUGACGACGAUAAUGAUAAGUCAUUCACUCUAACGAUUGAAAUGAUUAUAAACGAUAAUUACUUAUGGGUCGUGCUGGAAUUGUCAGUCAGUCCGACAGAAUUCGUUUAAUUGUUGGAAUAGGGUUUGUUUGGAUUAUCUUUGAAAGUCUACAGCAUUUAAGAUUAUUUGUGUGGUUUUGCACUGCCUUAAAAGCCACAUCUGAUUGUAACUGUCACUAUUUUCAUAUCUGGUAUGUCAUUAUAGCCUAAUGGCACAGCAUCGAUCGACUCUCAUGAUGCUACAUGAGGCAAUUGUGAUAAGGACAUCGCUCAGCAUCAACACUUCUUUUAAAUUGCCUAAGAACCUUUUUUUUUCCUUUUCCUUAGUUCUCUCCACGUGGAACUUUGUGCCGUAAGAGUAGUGGAGAGUGCGAUGUUGAAGAAGUUUGUUCUGGAAGGUCUGCGGAGGUAAGACUUAAUCCAGCCUUGAAGUUGGAAUCCGUUUAUGGCAAGGAAAUUUAUCAAAUUUUACUUGAUAUAUAAAAAAAUGGCACCAAUUGUACGGGUAGAUUUAGAGACCCUCUAUGACCAGAGCUUAUACAAUUAUAUUACUUGAACUCAGAGUUGUUGACACUUUCACUUUAUGGGGAAAACUCGUUCCCAGUUAACAAAUAUUUGGUCCAUCGAUCGCGAGUUAGUAAAGUCAUUUUACGACCCUGACGUUUCGAGCGUUAGCAGGAGCUGAUUACUCAGGGCCUUUAUCUCCCAUAUAAGCCCUUAGAGUCAACUCUUUCUUGUUAAAAUUUCUUUUAGGAAACAGCUUUCGCGGAAUUUUUUUCACUCCUUCUAGGUAAUAUCUAAUCAGAGCAGAGCUAUGAUAUACGUCACACGUUGAGCCACAGACGCGCGAUCUGAAAUCACUGGCAAUUAUGACGGUACCCAGCCUCGAAAUUUUAUCGGAUGAUAGUUCUCAUUUCUGAUAUUCUAAUUGGGUUAAAAACAUCUUCUUAAAGUCUAGUAGCAAAAGAAAACGUAGAUACACUCAUGUGACGUCUUCAAGUUUCGUUGUAAUGUUGACAGUCAUAAGUUUUACCAAAAACAAGCCGCUCCAGGCCCUCGACAGCGGGUUAAAUAGAUAUUGAAAAUCCAUCUCUUUCGUUACCUUAUUGUACUGAUUAAAUCGCCUCUAGAAAACUUUGGAGCUUUUUACUAAGUCCACAAAGGAGCACACUGCAUUAAGCUACAGUUUAUUUUGAUGAAGUCAAAAGUAUGCUGUUACAGUUCGCGGACUGCAUCUUUCGCCGGCUCCUGGCGUUAGCCCUUCUUAAUAUUGAUUCAAGGGAUUGGGGGUUGGAGGUAGUUUUUAUCUCGAAUAGUGGAGCAGUGCAGCUGUUAGUGGAACUGGUAACAGGAAAAAGAAAAUAAAUAUGUCGAAUGAAACGCGUGGUCACACAAAAAUGCAAAAAGCAACUUUUAUAAGUCUUUAUUCGAACAGACACACUUAUUGUUCCAUUCGUGGGCCCAUAUAUUCUCUGUAUCAUGUUAUGCUACAGUUUUGCAAACUAAGGUAAAAGGGUUUCAAAGACUAUUGUCAGAGUUGGAAGGGACUGAAGCGUUGAAGUGCCAGAUAAGGUUAUUCUAAAACAAAUGAUGUUAACAAAAAAAGGAAAGAUGGAAGAGAAUUGAAAAGGACUGACUAUGCCGGGUUUUUUUGUCUAUUGUCUAUUGUUAGAGUUGGAAGGAACUGAAGCGUUAAAGUACCAGAGAAUGUUAUUCUAAAACAAAUGAUGUUAACAAAAAAAGGAAAGAUGGAAAGCUAUGGAAGAGAAUUGAAAAGACUGUGUUACAUGACUGACUAUGUCCGUCCUUUUUUUCAGUGUCCAUCAGAUGAUCAUAUAAAAGAUGGACGCACAUGUGAGGGGGAGGGAGAGGUAUGUAUUUAAUAUUUGCUUAGUGUGUGUCAUUCCAGAACUCAUCUUAGCUAUUGUUACUGUAUUUUUGUUUCCCUUUGACAGAUUUUACAAGCUUCUCCAAUUUUCGAGUGAUAUACCAGUGUAUGUAUUUAGCAAAUCACUGAAAAGUAAUUAGAACAAGAAAUGAAAUAAUGCAUUUUGGUCUUCUGAAUGGCAAAAACACCGUUAUUUGUUUGAAACAACAAUUUUGAAACAGAUGAACAGAUGAUAAGAAAAAAGGAGGGAAAGAACACUACAAUAACGAAAAUUGAAUCGGUCGGUUCUUUUUUACUCAUUUUUUUCUUUCAGCUACUGUUAGGAAAGUAUGUUGGGAAUGUGAAAAUGACGAAACUUUCUCGGCCAAUCACGGCCAGGCACGUCAGAAUUAGUCCUCAAUAUUGGGAGAGAGGCCUCUGUACUAAAAUUGACUUACUUGGAUGUGGAAAAGGACCUUCAGGUAACCGAAAAAGUAAAGUAGCAUUUGCUUAAAUCUACAUUAAACUCUAAAGCAUCACUCUCCCAAUUAUAAUCAAAUCAUUUGUUGGCUUCACACUAGAGAAUUCAAGUCUAAUCUACGCGUACUUGGAACGUACUUUAAGGGUGAUAGGGGUAAAUUGUACUCCGACACAAACUUUACUUGGUGGCCAUGGAAAUGUUCGUAGUUCAAAGAGGCUGAAGUUCGCGCAAGGUAUGAUCUACACCACACUUGAGCAUACACUUGACCAAUAGGAAAUGGAAGCCAUCUAAAAGCAAUGUGCACGAUGUGCACGUGCAGAGGUUCCAAGAUUCUAACGAGCGGACAUAUAAACAUUCCAAUCCAGACCUCAGUUAGCUAAGGGCAUUGCGGACGACGCCAAGCCCAAGCCCUACGGCUAUUUCUUUGCCGAAAAGCGCGCGUUGUUGAGCCAUUCUAGAGAAACACAGAAGACGACUUCGCUUGUUGUUAUUGUUGUUGUUGUUGUUGUUGUUGUUUGGCCGUUGCUACGUAGAAAAUGAAUUGCGCAAGCAGGACUUGUAGGGUGAAAACCCUUUGAGUUAAAAGUAACGAAAAAAUUAAUAAAUACGAAAAUGAUUUAGUGGCGAGCAAUCGCUUUUUGAUAUGCGUGGUCUGAUUUUACCCACAAAAUGAUUGACAGCUUGCACUGCAAGUAAUAUACUUGAAGUGUUAAGCCAUGUUUUCAACAGAGAGACUUAAGAUUUUCAAGUACACUUGAAUAAAGUGCCUACUUGAAACUAACUUAGCUUCUGGUGUGGAGCAAACAAUUGAAUGAUUUUUACAGAAACCAUUAUUGUUGUGUUGUGUUGUGCUGUGUUGUGUUGUUGGUUUUGUGUUACGUCAUUUAGUGAUUGCACCCGUCUGUAUUUCUACGAAACUUUUACAAAAUGACGUAAGGCAAACAACAUGUCUGCUUGGAAAUUCGAGAUUAAUCAUUGAUUGCACUCACUCGUAAGAAGAGCACUUUCUUAUCUCCAAAAAGUCAUGCAGUGUUCUUUUUGUUGAAUAAAACACCUUUGAAAUACUAAAACAUCUAACUUUAUUUCUUUUCUGCCGCAAAAAAGCGCGAUUUAUAAUGUAACUAUAGCAACGGUGAUCUAUUUACGUGUGAAGAUAACAUGUUACUAUCACGUAUGAUAUAUCACAAUAAAGGUAUUUCAAUGGUAGUUAAAAAAUAAAGUGUAAUAUAAUUAAAUAAUAAUGAUGAUGAAUGAAUGAAAUAAUCAACCCUUAUUCUCUAAUUCCAGUAUCUCCGGCGGCUCCCACAUCUAUUCAGGGCUAUGACAACCUAUGCGUUACAUCACAAGGUGGAUCAUCCUGUUUAACCAAUAAUGGAACACAGCUGUUCUAUUCUGCGCAAGCAUCGUACCGAGACACGUCAGCUAAAUUUACUUUUUCAAAUGGAGUGCUGAAGCAACAUUGUAGUGGGAAGAAGAUAUGCCCUAAGGGAGUUUAUUAUGGAGCUCCGCUUGUUAUAAGUGACAGUUGUGAAGAGAGCCAAGCCAAGUUUGAAAGAACGAAAGGUACAUUUACACACCAUACAUAUACACCGUGUGCAAAACAUUCAUGUGUUUACUAUAUUAAGUCAUUUCCCGUUCGUGUCUAUGUAUUGAACUGUUUUAAUAUGAUGUAAGAUGAGUUUGUUUCAACAAGGUAAAUUGAAAAAUUGAAUGCCCUUUGUGGUCACGGCGUAGUUCCCACGUCCAGUGACGUCGUUAAGUCACGUGAACUACAAGAACUUCAAAUAUAUUUUAUUUUUAUUGUUUCAUUUUGUCAGCGAAGGAGCCCACAGACUCCUCCUUAGAUUUAUUGGUCUAAAUCUCUCUCAAUAAAUAGAAACCAAAAGAUCAAAAGGUAAGGUGAGAACGGGACCUGAAGUCCCAUGCAGGGCACCUCCCAAGUACAACAGCAAAAAUCGCCCAUAAAAAGAAAAUCUUAAGCAAUGCUUACGAGACUAUUGUUGCCAAUGGCAACCAUAAUUACGUGCUAUACCCCGUGAACAAGCUUUAUCGGGGUCAAAAACAUUUGCUAACUCAUCAUUGCACAAUUUAGUUAUUGUUAUUUAAUAUCAGGUAAAUCUCUUCGACAUGUGGCCAGCGGAUUGUGUGUCCAUCCAGAAGGAGGCGUGGCAUAUGAUGGAGUAAGACUUGUUUUGUGGGCCGGAUGUGAUCUAGACAGACUCACUUUAAAUUUUUUAGCGCAUGGUAAGGAUACAUUAAGUAUUGGUUGAUAUUGCUUACUCAAGUUUGUGUGAUAGGAUUUCUUUUGAAUAUAAUCCGGUAGUUUCCAUUUUGUGGUAUCAAUAUACUACGCAAUGUGAGCUCUUAUUAAUUAUUGGAUGAUAACCAAAACCAAUGGCCAAAUCGUCUCGUCCUCCUAGUGAUUAAAUCUCCCCCUUGCAAGCGUUCGCAAAUACUUCAAUAGUUGGCCGUCUAAGCAGUGCCGAAAGGAACAGCAAUAAAAUUUUCAUCGUCAACAUAUUAUGUUAAUUUGGCAUCGUUGUCAAGGUGCAAUUCAUCGAAGAGCUGGCGACUGUCAUGUAGUCUGAUAUUUCUCAAGAAUUUCAAGAAUUUUUCGAGACCUGAAUUCGUCAGUUCAGUUACUAAAGAAACUGCUGUUGUUAAAACCGCAUUCUUAACGUGCGGAUGCGUCCCGAAUUGGCGGGAAAACGCUUGCUCCGCAGGCUACAGGCAUUGAGUAAAAGCAAUUUAAGUGAUACAACAGCAUUUAUGAAAUAAACACGAAAACCCUAAAAGCAGUUACACUAUAUUCCCAUUUUUCAUUAGAUUGCCUGGCUUCUCUCGGCGUGGCUGACCGCAGCGUUAUUCCCGAUAGUCGCAUCUCAGCUUCAAGUCAUUUGCAAGGCUACCAAGCCAAAGAAGCUAGGUUACACAGCUUAAAGGGUUGGUGUGCAGCAAGAAAAGAUAAGAAGCAGUUUAUCCAGGUUGACUUGGGGCAGGUAAAUAAUCAUUUACUCUCAUUUUGAGGAUCAUUUCCUUUAAGCAACCAUCUCCUACUUGCUCUCUUAAGCUACGGUAAAACGCGCAUAACAGGUUUGAUUUGUGGCUGUUCAAAAGGUCAAUAACGCUAUUCAACUCGUUUUGCUGCAAUGUUGCAGGGUAGAUGUACAUUCCCCUUCCUCCCCCCCCCCCCCCCGCACCCCCCCCCCCCCCCCCGGCAAAGAAAAGUUGGUGUUCCUCAAGAGAUCAAUUAGCGCUGUGGAGACAAAGUUUUACCACUUACUUACUAACUAACCACUCACUAACCGUUAUCGAUGACCUUUUAUCUUCUUAUAUUCAUCUCCUGCUGAAUUCCUUUAUUCAUCGGUUCAACAGAGCCUGAUUUCAUUCUGUCUUUAUUAUAGGCUAAGAAGAUAUCGGCUGUCAUUCUAAGCGGCACUGAUCAUGGUGACGUAACAGGUUACUCUCUGCACUACAGUCUGGAUGGUCAACAGUGGACGGUGUGGUCAAGCAAGCCUCGUGUCGCUGUAAGGAAAACACACGUAUAUUUUUUUCAAUCAACUUCAAGGAUUAAGAUGCUUAGUAGUUGUUCUUAAAAUAAGUGGAUAAUGUAACCAACAGUUCUGCAUUUUGAUCAUACAUUUAUUUUGAGAAAUUGUCGAUAAUGGUGUUGCCAAUAUAUACGUCCUGCUUAAUAUUGCUAAGACCUGCAAUGUCAAAUAUCUUGUUGCGUGAUAAGUAGAGAAAGAUGGGAAAUGUUGAGCUCAAUGACUAAUGGUAAGUACAUCUUGUUACUGAGAGUCUUUGAAACACCAUAUUCAUUGAUCUUACAGGCGUUUUGCUACAGGGGGGAGUGUGUUCCUUCAGCAGAUACUCAUUGUCGCGAUCUGUGGGGACCAGGUAUAAAAAUCACUGAUCAAUUAAGGUUUCUGGGAAACUGCCCACCUACCCCUCCCCUACGCCAAAAUUUUGCCCUAAAUGAGAAUAAAGUGUUAAUGCUGGCUUAAGGGAGGGGUAGGUGAACAGUUUCCCAGAAACCUAAAUUUAUCCAAAUUCACUUUCCUUAGCUGAGUUUUGAUGUACUUUUAAAGCAUCGCUUGUCAUUUUUUUUUACUCUAAUUUUAAGUUUACUGUUUGAAACUCCCGUGAUAAAAAUGUAAAUCGAUUGAUGAGUAACGUUUUCGGACUAACGCCCGUGCGAAAGUUAAGAUUAAGAUCGGGUGAUUCACCAACUAUUAUUAAUAACUGGAGUCUGGUUUUCAAAAUAUUCCCUGUAUUUUCUCUUUUUUAGAGGCGUCAUCUGCUCACACAGCCUGUUAUCGACAUUUUAACGUCAAGGCCCAGGGAUUUGGUACUUGCAGUAGCCGGACAAAUCUACUGUGUGCAAAAGAGUAAGUAUCAGACAGUUUAGUAUUAAACUGCUCUUCGGCCCCAAACAAUGAGUAGAACCUUCUCGUUAACAUCAUUAUAAUGUAGCUUGGGUAUCCCCGGUUAAGUUUGCUGCAUUUUUUAAAAGAGUUUUCCUUCGUCUCAUUUUUAGCUUUCUUUUCUUUCCUUUUUUUCACAUAUUUACCUCUCCUUGUCAAGCCCCUUUAAUUUUUUUCAAUUCAAUUCAAUUCAAUAGACACGCCAAAUGCGGACAGCUGCAGUGCUCCAGCUCAAAAGAGAGACCUGUGGUAGAUUAUGGUAGUUUCUACGAACUAAAAACCCUAACAACAGGAGAAAAGUGCAGGUAAUUUUAAAACAGUUAACAGGCCAAAAGCUUACUUCACACCAUAAAACAACAGGCACGCCCUUGUGAGAGAAUCCGGAUUUCGGAGUCCGCGAAAUUUUUGCUUGUGAAAUGCAAAACCCUAGGAAUCCGGAAUCCAAGACUGGAAGACUGGAAUCCAGUACCUGGAGUCCAGAAUCCACGGCCAAGAAUCGACUAUCAUAGGCCGUCUAGAAUCUAUUUACCUCGCAUGGGGUGAAACAAGUGCAACUGUAGUAGCCUGAGAAAACAGACGACAUUUCGCAACCAAACCGGUUUCCCCGCGAAAUGACUUUUUUCAAAAUUUCACAAGCGGCACAACCAAUCAGAAGCACUACCCAGAUCUGUGUAGUAACGCGUCAUCAGUAUGGAAUUGCUGCUCUCGUUUCUUAGCCGUCAUUUGUCGGGGAAAACGUUGGUGGCUCGCGAAAUGUCUGUUUUCUCAGGCUAAAACUUUAGCAACUAUUUUGCUUGCAGGGUAGCAUCUCUAAAGAGAGGUAGCGGGCGCGAUCUUGUUGGUAUGGUUAAGGAUGGAACAGUGUGCGGACAUCAAAAGGUACGCACUACUAUAGGCAUUUGCCUUGCCUUGUCCGCUUUCAGCGAAAGCUUGAUGGAUUACUAGUAACAAAUAUAGUUUGGGAAAAGGUAGAGGCUUUGUUGUGUAGCACUAGACGUUUUAUGUGUAUAUAUUAUAAUAAGAAAGUAAUGCAAAAAACUGAAAACGACAGUGUCCUGAUUUUACUUUCAAAAAAGGGAAGUUGUCGUUGAAUUGGUGAAGAUCACUUGUUUUGUCACAACAAGCAGGGACGUAUUAGGCUGAAGUUCCACUUGCGGAAUAAAUGAAUCACGUGACCAGGAUACAAUUCCAUGUCUUUGCUGUUAUUUUUUUUAAAAAGUCCCUUUUUGAUGAUGUGCCAGUUCAAAUCUUGAUAACAUGUUUAUGAUGAAGAAAGCAAUAGUUUUAGCUUUAGUUCAUGAAAACGAAUCAUAUGUACAAAGAAAUUUCGCAGAUCUGCGUAGCCAAUCAGUGUGUUGGUUUGGAUCAGCUUUCUUCAAAGCGAUGUCCAAGAAUCGCCGGAAAAGAGUGUGCAGGAAAAGGGGUAGGUUUUCCAUAAACUGCUAUUGUUGUUGUUGUUGUUGUUGUUUGAUUGUUUGUUUAUUCAAACCUGGCUUUUAGUUUGGUCUCAUUAGAACAAAGGGGAUAACCUUUAAGCUUAUCCUCCUACUGAGUAAUUCAAAGCUAUCCAGAAAUCCCUGAUGUGGAGCCUGCAUUAGCGCCAGCGGCUUACUCGGAUGACCGAAAUAAAGACAGUUUCGACUUUUUUCGAAAAUUGAAAGGUUAAAGGUAUUCCCUUUAGCUUUUCUGACUCCAGAAGGUAUUAAGCAUUCUUGCGUGCCCUUGUCCCCAUUGGGGCAGGGGUGCUCUGGAUUUCAAGUGACGAGGACGAUCGAUGGAGUUUUUCGGGGUUUGAAUUUUUUUCUCCCGGGAUUUUUUUGUGGUAGGAAAAAGGAAAAAUUGGCAAGUAUUUUUUUUGGUGGUUUGAUUUAAUAAGGGAUAUUUUUUUUUCUGCAAAUUCGUGAUAACUUCAGAUAGUAUGACGAAUAAACAAACACAAACAUUCAAUUUCUAAUGUUUCCAUUCUUUGAGUUUUAUCAUUUAACAAUUGCUUCCUGGAAAUUUUUAAAGCGUGGAAGUGAUUCCACGUGGGAAUUUUGGGGGUUUAAUUUUGGUCCAGGGAUAUUUUUUUGGGGGGGCGGGGCAGGGGACGGUUGUUUGAAGUCCUAGGGAUUUUUUGGGUUUUGGUUUUUUCCCCUAUUCGAUUAUCUCCUUAACUUGAAAUCUGAAGUUCCCCUCUCUAGGCCCUCGUCUCAGAACUUGCAUGAUCAUAGGCACACUUGAUUUGAAUUUCCCGAGGGAAUAUCAAACCAAUCUCACUGUGAAUAAUUACUUUCGCGUAGAUAAUAGACUUUUCCGGGAUCCCUUGGGGAGCCAAUUCUUGCCGUAUGUCGCAAAAUAAGCGGCUGAAACUACAUAAACUACAUGUCAUGAAAAAAAAUAUUAAAGAAGACGAGAAAUAUAUUGGGCGAAAAUAUUCUUGAGGAUAGAAAACCGUCCGUCACUUACCUCAAGCAUUUGCCAGGUUGGAACCCACUGGUACAAAACAGCCAGAGAAACCUCAAUCCCACUGAAUCAAUUAAAAUAAUAUCUUCGCACGCACCAGACUUUAAACAUCCUCAUCAGUUUUUAAGGAAUUUCAGCUCCCCUUUCGCUGUCUAACCCGCAUAUUAUGAACAUUUCCUUAGGUCGGUGUCCUUCACUUCAACUGUCCGUUUUUCCUUUCAGUUAUGUAAUUUUUCCAGGUUCAUUCCUUUUAAGUCAACAUCGUAUGCCGCGUAUUAAGUUAUUCGCAAAUUGGAUACGAUUAAAGGGUCCGCUUUUCAAAGAAAACUGUCCAAAUACUGGGUCAUCAUUACCACCACAAAAUGACCGAAGACUCCGGCUAGUUUUCUCCUCCAACUACAAUAUAUCCAAGACUCAUAACUAGCUCAACCGACUGGUGUGAAAUAUGUCUCACCUUCUCGCUUCGAAGAAUACUUUUGAUCAGCGGCCUUCUUUUAGUUACUACGUUGUGUUUUAUAUCAUCAUGGUCCUCCUGACCUCAAUCCUGACACCCAUUGUAGCAAAAGCGGCAUACACCAACUAAGGCGGUCCUCGAAUUCGAUGUAAUCUGUGCGCAUACGUUAGUACAAGUUUGACCCGCAAGAAAAUGCCCGUAAAUUUUGGCCAUGCAACAAUUGCAGCUUGCAGUGUCGAAAUGUUUCUUGAUCUAGUAAUAUCACGCCAAAAAUCCAACGUGGUCGGCCAUCAUAGAUCUUCGUUCAAUUUAACAAAAUGAGGUUAUUGGCUAAAAAAAUUUCUAAAAUAAACUUGAGAAAACCAAAGCUGGUAUACACCAAAUUCGAUGAAGUAUGCGCCAAAAAAAAAAAAAGAAAUUUAUAUAAAGGAACAAGGGUCAUUACCAGAGCGGAGUAAAGAAAACAUAUACCAAAAUCCUAAGAUAAACAUAUUAACGCACUCAAAAUGGUAUUAAAAAUCCGGUGACUUGCUGAAAGUAGUAGCUUCUAGAACCUGUUAGCUAGUAUGUCCAGUGUAAACUGAAGGAUAAUUAUUUGGUUACCUAUGUACUAUAUUCUUGUUCCUUUAGGUUUGUACUAACAGUGGGAAGUGUCAUUGUCAAGGGAACUUCGAUCCAGAUACCUUUUGUCGCACUGGUAAUAAAAAUGACUGAGGGAAUAUUUCGGCUAGUACGUUCACAUGCCCGCACCAGACGAAUUUUCGACCGGCUGAAAAAUAUCACCAGGCACGUCGUUCACACGGAAGGCGCUCAACAUUCAUCGCUCAGAUCACACGGAAAUUUGAAUGGUUAGGCGUCAAAAUUUCGGCGCACAUUAGUUUUCAACCGGUCGAAAAUCCAUCCGCCGGGCGAGUGCCGUUGGAGCGCAUAACCCUACUCCAGCCUUAAAAUGAAAACGAAGCAAGUAAAGAGGACCUUUAUCUUCCUCUUCCCUCUUCUUGUCACGAUAAGUUCUCCUCUUACGCCAAAAUUGCGCUCGUUUCUGACCGUCGGCUGGUUUAAGCAACUAUAGAAACAUUUUAUUUAGUUCUUGAUUCAUUCUUACUUCUCCUUAGUCGUGAACCUUAAAUUUCUGUACAGGUAAAUGCUAUUUACAAAACAUACUAGAGAGCUUUAGAUUCUAAGACGAAUACGACUGCGAGUACCAGAUUUUCCAAAUACUGAGUAUUUCUCACGCGCGAACCAGCGUCAUUUUGGCGGGAAAACGUGAUAGCCGUCGUCAUUCUACUACGAGUUGCGGCGAGAAUGUCGUAGUGCCGGAAAGAAGUUAUCAAAUAUAAGAAGUUUUAUCAUCCGGGAAAGGGCUUAAACUCUUUCAGUAUAAAUAUCCGCACUAACGUUUUUGGUUAAAAAAAAAAGUAAAAUGAAGCUUUCCAGGUGUCUUUUUUUAGAACACGCGUGAAAACUUUAAGGUAAAUCUCGUACUCGUACUCGUUCUCGUCCUCAGAUCUAAAGCUCUCUUUUAUUUACAGUUAACCAGAAUAGAUGCUUUGGGGACAAUCAUUAGAAUCUACCUAAUCCGCCACCUAUUUAAGAUCAUGGUUCAUUGUCCAGUUAACGAAUAGAAAAUUCAAAGAAGAGAGCACAUUUUACCGUUUUUGCAUCUAUGGCUCAUGAAGUGUUUCAUGUUAUUUAUUUAUUUAUUUUGGAAAUUUCAGCGAAACAAGCUCGCUCAGGCGGGUGGGGUCAGUGGUCUGAAUGGACGAACUGUACACGAAUUUGUGGAGGAGGAACGCGUAAAAGGCAUCGCUUUUGUAACAAUCCAGUACCAUCCAAUGGAGGACAAAACUGUGUUGGGAACAGAUUAGAGAAAGAGGCCUGUAACAGUGAUAAAUGUCCAGGUAAACAAUAGUGAGAGGUUACAUGAUCACUUAUUAUGCAUAAUAAAGUACUGCUAUUCUGGCAGGUAAGAAAUCAUGCAGUUUGAGGAAGAUCUUCUCGGCAAUCUAUCGAGUAGAUUGUCUCCAGUUUCGAGACAAUGUAUUUCUUCUUCUUCUGUUUCUUCCUCUGUAUCUUCUUCUUUUGUUCGUUGCUUUUUACAUGUUCUUAGAACAGUAUGUAACAAAGAAAAAAACUUUUUGAAAAAUUUUUUUUACUGUCUAUAUGAAACGUUUUUAAUUGUUAAUAUAAUAACUGCUUCAGAUUAACGAUUUAAAGGAGAAUUCCAGUCUAUAAUUUCAAUCGAUUGUGAUAAAUUGUGACCAUUAAACUUUCAAACUUUUCAGUUCGAUACUCAUUUUAAUGUUAUUUCAGUUCUGGAAAAUAUCCUAAGUGUUCUAGUACAGACACAAAGAAUAGAUGAAAGAAUUUUUACGUUACGAUCUCUGAUUGCUUUAGAGGUUCAUUCUUGUCAGCACCUCUUUUCUGUUGGGAAGGAAACUGGUGUCAAGUUUCCGGACGGAGUGUAUAAGAUCAAUCCUGACGGUAAAGGAAACGUGGACACUUAUUGCGACAUGUCACGUGAUGGUGGUGGGUGGACACUAUUGGUUACAAGUCACACCAACACGUGGACAGCUAGUGACGUCAGAAAAAGAAACCAAAAUCGACCAACGCUGAACGGAGAUUUCUCGAUCUUGUAUAAGGCAGAUGACAUCAAGGACAUGGUGUGGAGUUAACUGGUAGCGCUUCAAGUCGUCCGUGCGCGGGGAUAUUAAUGAAACAAAUUUUUGUCACAUAAAGGUCGUUGGGGUGGAAUCUGGCGGGCUCCCAGAGAUUAUACCUUCUCCUUGCUAG